UUUAAAGCCGUGCCUAGGCAGGAAGUCGGUCCGGCUCCGCCAUUUUAACAUCCUCAUCCUUUAGAGGAGAGCGCUCUAAUUUGGCCGUUCUAGUCAGUCGUCAGUCGUUAGAAACGUUUGUAUUCGGUCGUCUAUGUAGGUGUUUAGCCUAUACAAAUUCUAUUUAGUCAUUUUUUCACUAAUUCCAAAUUAGUUCCUACGGAAGAACCGCUAUGCCGAGCCACCCGCUGCGCGUGGCGGUUGUGUGCUCGAGCAACCAGAACCGCAGUAUGGAAGCGCACAAUAUCCUCAGCAAACGUGGAUUUGACGUGCGUUCAUUUGGGACUGGCUCCCACGUGAAGCUGCCUGGCCCUGCCCCGGAUAAGCCUAAUGUUUACGACUUCAAAACAUCUUAUGAACAGAUGUACAACGACCUGGUCCGCAAGGACAAGGAACUCUCCUUAAGGUACACCCAGAAUGGAAUCCUUCACAUGCUGGACCGCAACAAGCGUAUCAAAACCAGACCGGAGCGGUUCCAGAACUGUAAGGACCACUUUGACCUGGUCAUUACCUGUGAAGAGAGGGUCUACGACCAAGUCCUGGAAGACCUCAGCUCCAGAGAACAGGAGACGCUGCAGUCGGUGCACGUCAUCAACGUGGACAUCCAGGACAACCACGAGGAAGCCACGCUCGGGGCCUUCCUCAUCUGUGAGCUGUGUCAGUGUAUCCAGCACACGGACGACAUGGAGAAUGAAAUCGACGAGCUGAUUCAGGAGUUUGAAGAUAAGAGUAACAGGCCUUUCCUACACACCGUGUGCUUCUACUGACGGCCCCCGUCCAAAUCUUGCAAUAAAACCUACCACCCCCCCCCCCCCCGCCCAUAAGCCGUGAACCAACAGCAGUACACACACACUCUUUAAGCAAGCCAUCUACACCGCUCUGUGUGUGUAUCGAUGAUCACAUCACAUGCGUGUCCCUGUACGCAGCUGUAACGCACACGUGUGUACGAAGGCCAGCACACUGGGUUCUGCGAUGGCUCGGUGACGGUUUCUGACAAACGGUGAGGACGGGUUGUCCUUCAUGCUGAGGAUAGCCUCUUGCCUUUGGAUCCAAUGUCAGGCCAUGGUCCCUCCUCCCCCAGACCCCUAACUCAACCCUUCAUGCCCACCCAGCCACGCCUCUCUCGGGAGAGCAAGACCCCAGCCAAUCUUAUAGUAGGAUAUACAGUUUUUGUUUUUUCUUUUGAAUUGGAGGCUGAUUGUGCUCUUUUUGUUCUCUCAAAUUCUAGCAAUUGUUUUGGUUUUUGAGUCAUUUUGACCCUGGCUGGUGUAAAUGUGCUUGAUGAAUGACAUGAAUUGACACGUCUAUGCUGAUGCGUGACUGCCUGAAAGGACAAGUGACCGUGUGCUAGAGAUUAGUCCAUAAAUCGGAGGGUUGAUGUUGACUAACCAAACUGAGACGUAUCCCUCCGGUUUGAUUCCAUCAUAAUGUGUUGAUUCUUAUUUAUACUCAGAUUUGCUGUCUUUCAGGGUAUAGUUUUGUUUUAUUUUGUAAAUGUAAAAGAAUAGAGAAAGCAUUGUAAUUAUUUGCUGCAAGCUCAGUCAAGAGUGCCUGAAUUCUGUAUGUACAUAUGAAUCCACUAAAGAAACAAUCUCUUCAGAAACCUUU